CUGAGUCAGCAUCGCCGAAGAAACUGGAAAGACCAAAAUGGCUCAGAAACCAAAGAGUCUCCCAUUGGCAAAGUUGCAACCUUUGCGUAUAAAAAAGGGCACUUUCGAGUUAGUAGUUGGAACGAUUCAGUGAAAGUUUCGAACUUUGUGAGUGAAGCGAUGAAUCACGACGAAGGUUGGCGUUCCGGUGGCCGUGGGGGUCCGAGGGGCCGCUCUCAGGCGUCUGGGCAAAGAGUAAACCGUCAAAAAAGCGAACGUCCGGUUACGGUUGAUAGGUCUUUGGAUGAAUCUUCUGGUAAUAGGAGUAGGGGUAGGGGGUCUCGAGGGCGAGGAAGAUGUAGGACUGUGCAAGUGUACGUUGAGAAGUCGUCCCGAGUUGCCAAUGUGGGAAAGUCAGCUCAAGAAGAAGUAAAGUCCCAAGAGGAUGGCUUAGGUUCUACUAAGCAACCUGAUCAAGGUGCAUCUUUCAAGUGUUAUGGAGAUAACGAUGAUCUUUUGCAACCAUCUGCUUCGUCUAGCUCAAAUAACAUAAAUCUUAGUGGAGGUCUGUCUGUCUCUAGAGAAUGUGAGGAUAAGAAUGGCGGUAGAGUGUCUUGUGAUAUAGUUAAUAGGAUGGAAGAUGUUUCGUUCUCUGGCCUGGUGUCUGUAUCUUCUACAAGUGAUAAGAAGGUUAAGCUUUCUAGUGUUGAGGAUCGUCAUAGCGCUCACAAGUCUGGUGAUGUAGGGAACGCUUGUAAUGAACGCAUUAGUAGACUUUUUGAUAUCUGCCUCGAGAAGAAGUGGUUUUGUCUAAAAUCCUCCUCCUUGGAACUUAACAAAGAAAAGAGGAGAGCAACUAAGGGGUACGCUAGCAUUGUUAUUAGACCUGGGAUGGUCCUUCUCAAGAACUUCUUGUCAAUCAACGAUCAAGUGAUGAUUGUGAACAAAUGCCGGGAGCUCGGUUUGGGUGAAGGAGGCUUCUAUCAACCAGGUUAUGGAGAUGGAGCAUUAUUGCAUUUGAAGAUGAUGUGCCUGGGGAGAAACUGGGACCCUCAAACAUCUCGAUAUGGAGAUACUCGACCACAUGACGGUUCUGUCCCACCUAAAAUUCCUUUUGAAUUCAAUCAGUUUGUUCAGAAAGCUAUCCAAGAUUCACAGUCCCUUGUUGCUACAAGCUCAAAGAAGGGAGAGGAUGAGAUACCAUGUAUGUCACCAGACAUCUGUAUUGCUAACUUCUACACAUCCACUGGGAGACUUGGUCUACAUAAGGAUAAAGAUGAGAGUGCAAAGUCCAUUCAGAAGGGCUUACCUGUUGUAUCAUUUUCUAUUGGAGAUUCAGCCGAGUUUUUGUAUGGUGAUCAGAGAGAUGAUGACAAGGCAGACAUGGUAGUCUUGCAAUCUGGAGAUGUUCUACUCUUUGGUGGCAAGUCCAGAAAUGUCUUUCAUGGCGUCAGAUCAAUUCUCAAAGAUACUGCUCCUAAGGUUCUUGUCCAGGAAACAAACCUCCGACCAGGUCGUCUGAAUUUGACUUUUAGGCAGUAUUAACCCCCACAAAGCUAGGAAACUCUUGUGUGCAUCUUGAAGCUGUUUUGGAAUGUCUGAACUUGUUAUGUUUCUAUUUUCGGUUAUAUCACAGUGACAGUGUCUUGGCAAUAUAACUAUCAAGUAUCUAUUAUCACAGUGUCUUUUAUAUACAAUGAAUUAGUUCAUACAAUGUUUACAGCUUAGGUUCUAGUUCAAUGUGUAAAGUGUAAAGUUAUUUCAUUGUUGCAUGGCCGCUUUGUUCA